AACUAUUGAAGAUAUAUAUUUAGAUACAAUCUCCGGAAUGCUAUCACAUCAGCCUCACACAGCUAAAACACAAACAAACCAUAACAGAAAUAGUUUAAGAAGUAAAAGAAGGGAGAAUUUACAGCCAUGCCCGUUUGCAAUUUUUGCCUAUG